AUGAGCAAAGUCUCUGAUCUUGCCUUCGAAAACCUCGCAACUGAAGACGCUGGCAAAGAGCAACCACCCAGCUCACUAUCCGCAAUAUCCUACAUCAAACACAAUGAAAUGAUCACCAGAUCCAUACAAGAAUGGGGCGAGGGAAUCAUAAAUCACAAAGAAGCGCUCUCAGACUGGUUCGUCACCAAGAUCGAGCAUAUGAAGAACUUCCAUUUCUCCGCCGUUCUACACGAGGUCCUGAAAGUCUCGAUAGCCCACCUCAGCAAUACAACCAAGGCAAGCAAUAACAAGGAAGAAGCAAUCAUAUUCAUCGAGCGGAUGGCAGAUUGCGACCAGGUGACGGUUGGAUGGACCAAAAUCGACCAUCCGCCGCUCACGCCCUGGUGGAUUGUACGGCUGCUUCGGGGAUAUUUCAGCGAUCCGACGGAGGGCGGCAUGCCGGUUCUGAGAAGCUCGUGUGGAUCGAUGGCGUCUGCGCAGGAUCUAUGGAGAGCGAAGGGAUACUCUGCGCUGGAUUACCUGUGUGGGUUGAGUUUAAAUAACGGUGGGAUUCCGCUGCCGGAGUUCUCGAAGAUCUUGAUCGAGACGAACAAGGAAGCGCCGGUCUAUGAUGCUGUCGAGCAUAAUUGUUUCUGGUAUGCUCGGUCGGUGUAUCUCAAGGCUUUGGAGGGGUGGCAGCCUGAGGAACAUCGAGGGGGGUAUUUCAAACAUAUGGGCAAGUUUGCUGGGAUGCGGACAAAGUUGGCGGUUGUUAUUGCCCAGAGAAUGAAAAUUCGCAACCCGGUUACAAAACAGAUUGAGAAAGAUGAGGAGGAAGAAAGGCUUUUGUCGACGUGA